AUGUUUUUAUUUUAUUGUUUUCAUCUCGUCUCCUCUCAAAUCCCAUAAGGUUUUGUUCGCCUGAAGGACAUUGACUCCACUAUAUUGCAGGAAAUGCGAUAUGCAUAAUAUCAUAAUUUUGUUGGUCGACCCAUAAAGGGGUAUUUACUUGAAGAGUGCGUCCUGACUAUUGAGGCUGCGCAAUAACUAGCAAAAAAUCAAAGGGAAGCCAUAAAAUAGGGUUAUUUGAUUAAGGUUUGGGAUUGCUAUCGUCCUUAAAAGGCUGUUGAUGAUUUCUAUUAAUGGAGUUUGAAUGAUAAUACGACAAUGUAGGAAGAAUUUUACCCUGGCGAACAAAAGGAACUUCUGUUUGAUCACGGGUACAUCGCCAAGAAGUCUGGACAUAGUAGGGGAUCGACGGUUGAUUUGACAUUAGUCCCGUAUCAUCCUGAUAAACAAGAAGAAUAUAAACCAGGGGAUUAGUUAAUUCCAUGUUUUCAAGAUAACAGGUAGUGCGAAUAACAACCAUAUUGUUAGGUUUAAAGACAACACCGUAGAUAUGGGGACGGGGUUCGAUUGCUUUGAUGUGAAAGCCCAUACUUAUUGUGGUGAUUUGACGAUCGAAUAGAGAAAUAAUAGAGAUCAACUAUUAACAUUGAUGUAGAAUUUUUCAAAUUAUAUUGACGAAUGGUGGCACUUCACUUUAAUAAACGAACCAUACAAAAAUACAUAUUUUGAUUUCGACAUUAAAGAUUGA